UGCAGCACACGCAGCAUGUCAUUAUUCAUCUGUGUGGUUCUGUGAUGUGCGAGCUGCAAUGUGUAUCUGCGUGUCUGUUGUAAUGGGGGAGGAAGACGAAGAGCUGCAGAGCUGGGGCUGGACUGACCUCUCCUGCUACUCCUCUUUGCCGUCGGACUCCGAACAGGACCAGCGGACCCCCUCCUCCCUCAUGUCCAGGCGCAGCCUGCGGCUUGACGGUGGCCUGCUGGACCGCCGCCCUGCGCCUCGCAGCAGCGCCUCCCUCGUCGUGGGAGGAGCCGGCUGGAGGAGCGGCGGGUCCCGUCGCUCCCAGCGGCACUCGGCCUCCUGCUCAGAGUCGCUCCUCGUCGGCUCGUCUCAGUUCCUCCACAACAGCAGCAUCAACAGUGUGGCGUCGGACGCCUCCCUGAUCUCCUCCCUGCUGGACGAGUCCUCCAUCCAGGAGAGCACGCUGGUCGAAACCUUCUGGGGUUUGGACCAGGAUGCAGAUCCCAAAGAAAGCACUAUCAUAGCCAGUGAGAGCAGCAGUCUGAUUGGGUCAGACAGUGUUGGUGCCCAACACUCUGACCAGGCGCUCAGCAGGCUUUGCUGUAAAGACUGCGACGGUCCGAGCGCGGCACAAUCUGACAAGGAACCCAAGAAGGAAACCUCCACCAUCUACUACAGAGGUCGCAAGAGCAGGGCAGAUGUGCUGCAGCUGUGGCUGACCUCCUCUCUGCUGUUUGUCAGGAGAGCCGCAGCCCGCUGCGCGUCUGCGCUGCGGCUCUCCUGGCAGGCGUUCCAGCCCUCCUCACGUUCACAGCCCAACAGGCGUGGAGCUCGGUCCAGGAACAGCGGAGUCAUGGCUAUGACGGACGCCAACCCGAAGGAGCUUCAUCCCGUUGGAUCACUGUGUGACGACUGCAAGGAGAAGCAGCGCUCCCAGCUGGACAUCUCGUCCUUUUCGUCAUCCUCCUCCUCUUGGUCUGCCAGUGUGUUGGAGUUCAUGUGCAGCGCUGCAGUUUUCACAGCUGCAGCGCUGUGGCUUCUUACCCAGCUGGUUUUCUCUGCUUCACUGAGAGGCGGACACUCUGCAGGCUGUGUGUUCAAAUGGAUCAACAGACGAUGGAGUCACUUGAGCCCGUCCUCCCGCUUAAGCAAACUCUUCAUCGCACUCCUGCUCCUCCUCUUCCUCUUCAGUUUGUCAUGGUACUGUCCAGCUGGUAUCUACUCGUUCCUUUUGGGGAUCAACAUUGCGGAUAUUCCAGGUCUGUCCUCAGUCCACAGCUUCUUGCCUCUUCAGCAACAGUCAGCAGAGGGCGCUGCAGAGGAGUUGGUCCAAAGUCACCCUCCAUCAGAUGAAAUGCUGCCACAGGAAGCUUUGUCACCAGCUCCACCAGCAGGGAUGGAACCUGAACAUCUUGUUCAGAUGGAGCAGAGUCUGAGGGCACUGUGGGAAGAGAUGGAGGCUGCAGGGCGACGGGCGGAGGAGAGUCACAAGGAGCUGCUCCAGCUCUACACCGACCUCCGUCAGCAGGCGCCCGGGCCCCAGCGCAGCGAGUACGACAUGGAGCUGUGGAUGAGGGGGCUGAUGGAGCAGCAGCUGUCUCUGCUUCGAAGACGACUCAACGAAGAGAGACGGCUGAGGGAGCAGAUGCGACAGCAGGAUCUGUUGCUGCUGAAGAACCAGGCGUCCCGUCUGGAUCAGCUGCAGCGGCAGCUGGAGCAGGUCACAGCCAGGAGUCGGGAGCUGCAGGGAAGAAAUGAGGACACUUCCAGCUCCAGAAUGGACAAACCGUCCCAGGAUACUUUGCAGGCAGGCGUUUCGCGGGACGUGGACGGUCUGUCUGGGUGUCAGGACGGCUGCCAGAAACUAGACGGAAUCCAGCAGACAAUGUCAGAGCAAGUAUCGGGUCUGAUCCGGGAGGAGGUUCGGGCUCUGGUCUACGGAAACCAGCUGACCCAGGGCAGAGACUCCGACCUGCCAGAGUCUCUCCUGCAGUGGCUGUCGCAGCGGUUCGUGGGCAACGCCGACCUGAAGGAGGCGCUGUCCUCUCUGGAGUCUAGCAUCCUGCAGAAACUCAGCCGGUGGCGGCGACAGAACAGUAAGGAGGAGACGGUCAAAGAGGAUGUACUGGAUUUUCCCGGGAACGCUGUAACCAAGGAGGAAGUCAGUGUGAUGGUGAUGGAGGCUCUGAAGCUGUUUUCUCAGGAUCGAACCGGCCUGGCCGACUACGCUCUGGAGUCCGGAGGGGGCAGCAUCCUCAGCACUCGCUGCUCCGAGACCUACGAGACGAAGUCUGCCUUGCUGAGCUUAUUCGGACUUCCUCUCUGGUAUUUCUCCCAGUCUCCUCGAACUGUGAUCCAGCCUGAUGUCCAUCCUGGGAACUGCUGGGCCUUCAGAGGGUCUACAGGCUUCCUCGUGAUCCAGCUGUCCAUGAAAAUCCUUCCCACAGCCGUCACCAUGGAGCACGUCCCCAAAUCCCUGGCCCCCAGCGGGACGCUGCGCAGCGCUCCACGGGACUUCAGCGUCUACGGUCUGAAAGAUGAGCACCAGGACAGAGGGAAACUGCUGGGAAAUUUCACGUAUGACGAAGACGGAGAGGAUCUGCAGAUGUUCACCAUCUCGGAGCAGAACGACGAAGCCUUCCAGAUCAUCGAGGUGCAGGUUCUGUCUAACUGGGGCCACCCAGAGUACACGUGCAUGUACCGCUUCAGAGUGCACGGGUUGCCGAGCGACGUCUGAGUCCGACGAGGCGGAGAAGCUCUGCUCGCUUUUUAACCGUCUGUGCAGUGGCUGGUUCUUACGUUUCCCGUGGAAACGCUCUCUGUCCGGUGAUCCAAUGAAUCUGUUCAUAGUUUCUCUAUCCAGGUUACGCUUCCAGGUCAUUGCUGCUGGUUUUCACAUGUUUUAUGCAUUUAUCAGGUGUGAUGUCAUUCAGCUGUUGCGUCGGAGUAAAACCUGUCCGCGUCACGGCGCGGAUAAACGGGCCGACGGAUCGGUCUGACGAGGAGGGAAGGUUUUAAAGCAGAAACUGAAACGACAUCCCGCUUCAGCAUCUGAUGCAAUAUAAAAAAAAUAAUACUUUUAUGUUUGAAAACUGUAAAAAUUGUGAAACCUGAAGACUUGAAGGGAGGAAAAAAAAGUAAAACUAUUUCCAACAGCAGC